GUGCCGCGAUCGCAGCGCGCCUCGAAAAAUCCAAGCGACCUCACGCCAAACGCCACAGCAGCAGUCAGUUUGCAAUCGCCAUAUUGGGUCGAGCAGUGCGUGCUAGAAUAAUCGACAAACAGUGCUAAAAGCUAGUGAACAUAUCGUUGUGCAUCCCUAACGGACAACGAAACUGACCACGAUGAUCGUCUAAGGAGUUUCCCAACAAGCAGCAGCGCUUAACAAUGAACUUUAAAUAAUCUGUGAUACUAAUUUAAAUAGAGUGUUAGUUAAUUAUUCACGAUGGCGACUAGCCAGGAGGUGAAGGACACCUACAAGUCCACCCUGCAGGAUCUCACCUGCAACAGCAAGCCGCUCAUCAGCGUGCUGACGAUGCUCGCUGAGGAGAACGUUGCCCAUGCGAAGGACAUCGCCGAAGCAAUCGAAGAACAUCUGGCUAAGGUCCGAACGGAUGUUAAAUUGCCAGUGCUGUAUUUAAUCGACUGUAUUGUCAAGAAUGUCAGUGGACCAUACACGGCGGCGUUCUCGGCGAACCUGGCCACGAUGUUUACUUCGGUGUUUCAAGUGGUCGACGAGAAGACGCGCAUGGAGAUGUUCAAGUUGCGCCAGACGUGGAACGACGUUUUCUCGAAGAGUAAGCUCUACGCGUUGGAUGUGAACACCAACCGGCUGGAUCCAGCGUGGCCUGUGACGGCGGCACCACCGAAUAUUCAUUUUAAUCCAAAGUUCCUUAAUUCGGCAAAUGCGAAAAUUACGGCCACCAAAGAAGUUGCCAAACCGGCGGCUGUAAACCCCGCCAUGUUGCCGGAAUCUACGCUCGAUAUGCAGCAGCAGUUGCUUAUCAAACAGAAACAGCUGCUUGAGCUGCAGCAAAAGAAGCUGGAGUUGGAGCUGUUGCAGACGCAGGUGAAGCUGCAGGAACAGAUUAAGAAGUCGGGCACCACCGCCGUUCCCAAGGUCGACGAGAGCGUGAAAAUCACCUCGCCCAACUCUUCCAAAUUGUUACUCAAACCGGAAGUUGCCAAACAGCUGCUUAGCGAUAAAAAGGAUGACUCUGCGAAGGCGAUGUUGGCACAGAUUAAUCAAAAGUUUCCUAACUCAAAACCAAUCACUCCUGUUAAUAAUAGUAUGCCUAUUUUGGGUGUGCCAAGUGUGCGACCUCCUAUUCGUGAUCCGCGCCUUUUGCGACAGGCGCAACAGGCUGUUCAAAUCACCCCUGCUAUUACAAUUCCAGCGGCGGGUAUUGUGUCACUUGUUGACGAUGCCGACAAUAUUAUAUUGUCGGACAAGAAAGGUUUUCGUGAUGAGCCGAAGAAACCACUUUCUCGUAUACCGCUUAAGUCGAAACGGUCGUCGUCACCUUCUAAUAAGAGCAAGUCGACGUCCCGGCACUCGACGAAAUCCUCAUCCGGGUCUACCAGUUCGCUGGAGUCUCCGAAAAAAUCUAGUCGUUCCUCUUCCAAGUCGCCAUCGAAAUCCUCGUCGAAGUAUGGCAAAAGUAAGAAUUCUCGUAAUUCUGACAAGCGAUCGAAACGCAAUGAUCGGCGAUCACCGAAGAAGGAUAAAGGGCGGAAUUAUCGUCGUGAACGGCCUAUCAGUAUUAGUCCCGAGCUGGAUGAGAAGAAGGAUGUUGAUCUACGUGUAGGUGGACCAGCUGAUAAACAAAGUAAACAUGAUAAAGAUACAGACUUACGAACCAACAGUACAAUUGGCAACAAACGCUUGUCUUCUGAGGUUAAUGAUGGCCCAAGCAGCAAAAAGAAUCGCGCAGAGAAGUUUGAUGCAUUAUUUGGUAGCGAGGAUGUUGACUUGCGUAAAUUACCAAAUAAGGAUGUUGACCGACCAAUCACACCGCCAGCACCGAUUAUUUCGAAUAAACCUGCUGGAACAAUCGAAAAGGAAAACACCAACGGAUCUCAGAGCAAGGAACCAGUUCCGAAAUUAAGUUUGGAAGUUCUUCGUGCCAAGUUGGCAAAUGCCACCAACGCUAACAAGGAUUCAUUGCAGAAAUCUAGACUACAAGCGCAAGCGGAUAAAUUUAAACAGAAACAGUUUGCGAAAAAAGAAGAGAAUAAAAUCUUCAUCACCUCCGCUGAAGAAGAGAAUAUCAAGUCUGGUAAAAUGACCAAGGCGCAAGAGACGAACCUGAUCGGCAAGAUGAUUGCGCAGAUUGAGAAUCAGAAACUCAAAGAGGCGAAGCGACAGGAGAACGAAGUCCUAAAUAGUAUGAUGAUGCAGCCGAUUAGCGACGACGAGUUCGAUUCGGACGUCGAUGCGCCGACAAAGAAGCUCGACGAUGCUAGUAACGCGCAGCAAAACCAGCGUUUCGAGCCGCGAUUCAAUCGCGAGCCGCAGUGGAAAGGCAAGCGCGGUGCGUUUGCGGGUAGUACACGUGCGACUCGCGGACGUGCUGAUCCGUGGAUUCGGCCGCUGCCGCAGGGCCCAUUGUGGGCUGGCGCGCGGCCUCUUAUCGGCCCGGUUUUCGAAGAGGACGCUUGCGGCAAGGUGGGUGCCGAUCCGAUUUCGGCAUCGGUACCAUCGCCGCCGUCGCACUUGCAGGAUGACAUCUGUAUGAGCCAUGAAAAUAUUAAGUCGAUAAACAUUGAUGGUGAACCGCGUGAUAUUUUAUUCUAUGGCGAAACCGCAAUUGCCUUUAUGAGUCCCGACGAUCCCCGCGAGAUUUCCUUUCAGGCAGGUCAGAGGCGCGUCAGCUUCGAUGACAUCCAUUCCUAUGUCCUUGCCUUUAACGAUCCGUACCGCGAUGUGUUGAUAAACGGGCAUUGUCAUAGGGUACGUUUAGGUGCACCAACGCGGGAGAUCUACAUCGACGGCAAGCCGCAUGAGUGCUUCUUUGGCGGGCCGCCGAUCUACGUCGAGCUGGAUGGCAAAUUGGCGAUGAUCAAGAUUGAUGGGCCAGCGCCGCAAGUGAAGAUCGGCAAUGUGAAGCGCACGGACCUGGUGGCGGGCAAAGUGAAUCUAAUCGUAGAUGCGAAGACUAUUGUGCCGAUUUAUCUCGAUGGCCGCACGCAGUCGUUCGAAGUGGACGGCAUUAUGAACACGCUGCGGUUUAAGAAUCGCUUGGGGACUGUGCUAAUCAACGAUCAACCGAAUUAUGUAGAAUUCGGCGGUUUGCCAAAAGGAGUGAUGGUCAACGGACGCAAGCACUUUAUUCGCUUUUCAGUACUGCCGAAAGGAGUACGACCCGGGUUUGUGAAUGUGAAAGACAUGGAGGGUAAUGGUCCACCAACUUCCGAGGGCGAGAAUAGUCAAGAUGGCUGCGAUAAUUCCACUGAGCGUAUGCCUGCACAGCAGCCGCAACAACGCAUGAGGAAGAGUCGGUUUAGUGAUCAUUCCCCGGACAGAAGUCCGCAAAAUCAGAUUUUGAAUAUAAUACAACAACCUACUUUUGGCAAUUUAGACAAUUUGCUAUCGAUUGCAUCGGCCGCAUUACCAACACUUAUGCCCCAACGCAACAUGGGCAGCUAUCAGAUCGAGAAGCCAGCAACAAUUGUCCCACCUCCUAUUAUCGAACCCCAUGUACAAUCUAUUUCGCAAAACAAUUCAUCGAAUUCUCAAAUGUUGAUUAACACGGCAGUACCUCCGCCAAUCGCGAGUCAAACUCCUGCCCCUGCGCCAGCACCUACUAAUCCAAUGUUAAACAUAAACGAUUUGUUUCAAAAACUAGUUGCGACGGGUAUUGUGACAACGUUGCAGAAUCAGACUGCGCCAGCAGCAGUGAAACCUGAAAUCAAGCAGCAGUUGAGUCCGCAAAUGCCACAGCAUGAGGUGGAACUAUCGCCGCCGAGGAUGCACAAACACGAAGUACAAAUGAAACUGAUUAGUUUCGACGAUCCUAGUUCACUUAAAGUUCGACAGCCAGGCCUCGUUCACAUGUUCUAUGCGGGGAUGCAGUGCAGUAGUUGUGGGAUGCGUUUCGCUCAGGAGAAUUCCAGUCUGUAUAGUCAGCAUUUAGACUGGCACUUUAGGCAAAAUCGCAAGGGGAAGAAGAAUAUUCGCAAAGCUUCCAGCAGACGAUGGUAUUAUUCCAUUACGGAUUGGAAUAACUACGAAGAAAUUGAAGAUUUGGAUGAACGAGAAAAAUGUUACUUUGAAAAUCAACAACUCAACCAGAACGAGGGCAAAGACGAAGAAAACGAGGCUGAAAUUGAAAUACCCAGUGUACCUGCCGACAUCAACAAUCAAGAUCCACGUUGUGAAGUGUGCCAAGAAAAACUUGAACAAUUCUACAACGAGGACAAGGAAGAAUGGCACCUGAAAAUGGCCAUUCGCGUCGAAGACAAGACGUAUCAUCCAUUGUGCUACGAAGAUCUACAGGCGAAUGAUACAGCCAAUGAAACAAUGGAAGAGCACAGCAUAUCAAAUGUAUCAAUGGAUACUGAUUUGCUCGGUGAUGUUGAAAUGAAACAGGAACCGACAACCAUACCCGGUUUAGAUGUUGUACCCGAUGAGGAACCACCUGUUUGUUUGGAUGAAUCGUCCGCAAGCAAACCUAACACGCCAAAAUCGGAACUUGACGCAGACAUGGACGAAACGUCGCAGGAUCAUAAUGGUGAAACAAAGACUGAUGACGAAGCGAAACCAGAGAUGGAAGAUGAACCUAUGGACGCCGAAGAUGACGAUGUGAUUAUCAAUGAAGUCGAACCGGAGCGGAUCGUUCUCGAUGACUACGAAUUUGACGAGAACGGUUUGAUUGCGGGAGUGGUCGUCAAACAGGAACCAGUUGACGAUGGCUUCACAGACAUUGAAAACUUCCAUCUGAGCUCGCCGAAAGUCCCAGAGGAACCCGCACCACAGGAUGAAUCAUUCAUGGAUAUCGGUGAAAUAUCUGAACCAGCAGUGCCUAAUGCGACAAACGAAAACGCCGAGGGCGACGCGACACAAGAUCCGCGUUCGCCUCUCUCGGAGGCGGCGUGCGAAACAGCGCCAACGUCACCAACCGCGAACACUGACACGGCAGAUGCGGAAAACACAACAACAACAACAACAACCACAGCCACGACAAUCGUGAGCAGCAACGAACCGUUGCUUACCAUGCCGACAAUAGACGGUAACUUAGAUUGCAAUAAUGCAGGCGCAAUACCGACCGUGCCGGCCGGCGGCAUGGGUGGUAGAAUAAAAAUUAAUAUCUCGAAACCAAUGCCUGUAAUUGCCCCGAAAGAAAAUAAAGAUAAUACUUCAGACGUUGAUAAUAAUAUAGAACCUGUUGAUCCCACCCAACCUUUACCACCAGGUGAAGAGCCGGUGCAGUUGUAUCUGAAGCCGGCUCUUCAAGGUAUUGACUUGAAGCAAGUACCUCCUGUUAAUAAAGGUUCGGAGCUGACUGGCCUUUGUUCUAUAAUGUGAUUUGUCGCUCUCUGCAUACGCACCGAGAACGAGAAACUUUUUAAAUUAAUUGAACGCGCGAUUCAAAGCUAAUUUCCAAUGAUUUGUAAUAUUCUUACACUUACAAAUGUUUGUACAUAAUCGAUUAAUAAUACAUUUUUGACUAUAUUUCAUAGUUUUUGUAUAUAUUUUACUAUAAGUUAAGCGGACGACACUUCGUUGAAUAGAGGCGAAACUAAACUUUCAUUUUGAACGAGUUCUACUUUAGUUUGGGACGAUUGUAUUUGUUGAACAAUGACAAUUAAAUAAUUUUGAAAUAAAACAGUUAUUUUCCAUUUGAGCAAUGUAUGGAUUUUGUAUUAUAUUAAUUGGUUAAUUUAAGUGCGUACACAUAUGAAUAAUUGUUAGUUUUGAUUUCACUUUGUUUAAUAGAAAUGAUAUUUUAAUUAAUAAAUAUAUCAUCCCCAUACAUAUAUAAAUGUUUAUUAUAACUAUAAAAUACUUGUGUAAUUAUAAGGUAUAGUGUACGAAUGAUACUUAAAAAUAAAUAUAAUCAAUAGACUAAAA